UUCCCAGGUGCUGAAGUGAUAAAGUCCAAAACCACAUUAGUCACCUGCUUAUAACGGUUAUAAAAAGUCACAUUGCCUCCGCUCUCAAUCUGUCGUCCGGGAGCCUCCUUCAUCAGUUUCACCGUCCUUCAACUCUCCAACCAUCUGAGAAUUAUCCUGAUCAUGGCUGUGACCAAUCAACCAGGCAGAUACGAACCCUCUGACUUCCAGACCGGCCUGUGUGAUUUCUGCGAUGACUGUGGAACUUGCUGCUAUGGUCUGUUGUGCUACCCGUGCCUCGGCUGCUCCAUUGCCAGUGACAUGGACGAGUGCUGCCUGUGUGGUCUGAGCAUGCCCAUCCGCAGCGUCUACAGGACCAGAUACAACAUCAAAGGGUCACUGUGUAAUGACUUUAUGGUGGUCUGGUGCUGUCCAAUCUGUACCACCUGCCAACUGAAGAGAGACAUUGACCGCAGGAAGGAGCAAGGCAUUUUCUGAAUGGAUGCUGUCAUGACACCAGACAAGCUGUAGAUCUGCUGAAUUGCUAUGUGCUCAUUGAAGCAUUUGUAGAGCCCAUUCUCUCUGUGAUAAAGUGAUUGAAUUGUUUAUGAAGUGGUAUACAGUAUAAUACAACCUUUAACGGUGCUGUAAAUGGACUGUCCUUGUGAUCACCUUGGGGUUUUAAAGCUGUUCUUUUAAUAAAAAGAUUUUAAUUUGAA